AUGAUUCCUGCUUCUCUUCCCAAUAUUCAACCUCUUAGUGAGGAUUUGCAAAAGGUAGCCAUCGAAGAAUUGGGAGAGGUUCCAUCAAGAAUUCCCGAAGAUUUAUUGGCCCUGAAGACAUGGAUAUCGCAGCAGCCUCACUUGAAAGCACGUACCGAUGACCAAUGGCUGAUACAAUACCUGCGAGGCUGUAAAUACAGCCUGGAAAGGGCCAAGGAAAAAUUGGAUUUUUUCUAUACCAUAACCUCAAAAUAUCCUGAAUUAUUUACCUGUGACGAUUUGGAUAAUCCACGAUUUCGCGAAGUGCACAAUGAGGGAAUAUUUCUACCCCUACCCAAGCUACUGCAUGACUCCGGACCACGUAUGGUAUUCUUUCGCAUGAAAUUUGAUAUUGAAAAAUAUAAAAUCGAAGAUGUUAUGCGACCCUGCAAUAUUAUGCAUCAAAUAAUGCUGUUGAAUGAUCCACCAACCUGCAUUAAUGGUCUGUUUUAUGUAGCGGAUUUCGGUGGUUCUGCAGGACAUUUUCUACAAUUCACCCCUAGUAUCAUAAAGCGGCAGGUGGCAUAUUUUGAAAAGGCUUUACCAUUGCGUAUUAAGGCAUGGUGUUUCUUUAAUGUUUCCGCAGUGGCGGAACAAUUUUUUAAAAUUAUUUUACCUUUGGUGUCGGAGAAACUAAGGAAGAGGAUCCAUAUUUAUAACAAGGACUCUCUGCACAAAUUAUGGGAAUUGGUUCCCCAAAAAUAUAUGCCGGCGGAAUAUGGUGGUGAAAAUGGCUCAUUGGCCCAGGCUGCUGCCGACUACCACAAAGUUUGGGAUGAAUAUCGUGACUAUUUUAAGGAAAAUUCUCAAUAUGGUGUCGAUGAAAAUUUGCGUCCCGGCAAUCCCAUGGAUUUUGAUAGUAUGUUUGGUCUGUGUGGUUCAUUCCGGAAAAUUGAGGUGGACUAA